AUGAUGUGUGAAGUGAUGCCAACGAUAAACGAGGACACCCCGAUGAGUCAGCGGGGGUCCCAAAGCAGCGGCUCGGACUCGGAUUCUCACUUUGAGCAGCUGAUGGUGAACAUGCUGGAUGAAAGGGACCGUCUCCUUGAUACUCUUCGGGAGACACAGGAAAGCCUGUCACUUGCCCAGCAACGCUUGCAGGAUGUCAUCUACGACAGGGACUCCCUCCAGCGACAGCUUAACUCUGCGCUGCCUCAGGACCUGGAGGUCCUAGUGGAUGGAAGGCUGGGAAGUGAAGGUGCAGAUGAUCCUGAAUUUGCUGCAUUGACAAAAGAAUUAAAUGCAUGCAGGGAACAGCUGCUUGAAAAAGAGGAGGAGAUUUCAGAACUGAAAGCUGAAAGAAACAACACAAGACUGUUACUGGAGCAUUUGGAGUGCCUUGUCUCAAGACACGAAAGGUCACUGAGGAUGACAGUGGUGAAACGCCAAGCACAGUCCCCCUCGGGAGUUUCCAGUGAAGUUGAGGUCCUCAAAGCUCUGAAAUCUCUGUUUGAGCACCACAAAGCUUUGGACGAAAAGGUGAGGGAACGACUGAGGGUUUCUUUAGAAAGAGUCUCUGCACUGGAAGAAGAACUAGCUGCUGCUAACCAGGAGAUUGUAGCUUUGCGUGAACAGAAUGCACACAUUCAAAGGAAAAUGGUAGCUGGUGAAGGGCCUGUUGAAUCAGAGCAUAUUGAAGGAAUGGAGCCAGGGCAAAAGGUUCAUGAAAAGCGCCUAUCAAAUGGCUCCAUAGACUCAAAUGAUGAAGCCAGCCAAGUUGUUGAACUCCAGGAGCUGCUGGAAAAGCAAAACUAUGAAAUGGCACAAAUGAAAGAGCGUUUGGCGGCGCUCUCUUCGCGAGUGGGAGAGGUAGAGCAGGAAGCAGAGACUGCCAGAAAGGAGCUGAUUAAGACAGAAGAAAUGAACAGCAAAUAUCAGAGAGACAUUAGAGAGGCAAUGGCACAAAAGGAGGAUAUGGAAGAAAGAAUAACGACGCUGGAGAAGCGCUACCUCAGUGCACAGAGAGAAUCCACCUCCAUACAUGACAUGAACGAUAAGCUGGAGAACGAGCUGGCAAACAAGGAAGCCAUCCUACGUCAGUUGGAAGACAAAAACAGACAACUGCAAGAGCGUCUUGAGCUGGCUGAGCAGAAGCUGCAGCAGACAAUGAGGAAGGCUGAAACCUUACCUGAAGUGGAGGCUGAACUGGCUCAGAGAAUUGCAGCUCUGACUAAGGCAGAAGAAAGACAUGGAAACAUUGAGGAACGUAUGAGGCACUUAGAAGCUCAACUUGAAGAGAAGAAUCAGGAGCUUCAAAGAGCAAGGCAAAGAGAAAAAAUGAAUGAGGAGCACAACAAAAGAUUAUCGGAUACCGUAGACAGACUUUUGACAGAAUCUAAUGAGCGUCUGCAGCUGCACUUGAAAGAGAGAAUGGCAGCACUUGAAGAAAAGAAUGUUUUGAUUCAAGAAUCUGAAAGUUUCAGAAAAAAUUUAGAAGAGUCUUUACAUGACAAGGAAAGACUUGCUGAAGAAAUAGAGAAACUAAGAUCUGAACUGGAUCAAAUGAAAUUGAGGGCUGGUUCUUUAAUGGAACCCACCCUGUCAAGGCCUCACCUUGACACUUCAGCAGAGCUGAGGUAUUCUGUGGGCUCCCUGGUUGAGAGCCAGUCUGACUAUCGGUCAACGAAAGUGAUAAGGAGACCUAGGAGAGGCCGGAUGGGAGUACGCAGAGAUGAACCAAAGGUAAAAUCACUUGGUGAUCACGAGUGGAACAGGACCCAGCAGAUGGGCGUCUUGAGCAGCCAUCCUUUCGAAAGUGACACUGAAAUGUCCGACAUCGAUGACGACGAUAGAGAAACACUUUUCAGCUCCAUGGACCUCCUCUCACCGAGUGGCCAUUCCGAUGCCCAGACUCUGGCCAUGAUGCUUCAAGAGCAGCUAGAUGCAAUCAAUAAAGAAAUCAGGUUAAUCCAAGAAGAGAAAGAGUCAACAGAACUGCGUGCCGAAGAGAUAGAGAACAGAGUGGCCAGCGUGAGCCUGGAAGGCUUAAAUCUAGCCAGAGUCCACCAAGGUACCUCCAUUACUGGCUCAGUGACAGCAUCAUCACUUGCAAGCUCAUCUCCUCCCAGUGGACACUCAACUCCUAAACUUACCCCUCGCAGUCCAGCCAGGGAGAUGGACAGAAUGGGGGUUAUGACACUGCCAAGUGACCUAAGGAAACAUCGGAGAAAGAUUGCAGUAGUUGAAGAAGAUGGACAUGAAGAUAAAGCCACAAUCAAAUGUGAAACUUCUCCUCCUCCAACACCCAGAGCUAUCAGAAUGACUCAUACCCUUCCUUCUUCAUACCACAAUGAUGCCAGAAGUAGUUUGCCUGCUUCCUUGGAGCCAGAAAGUAUUGGUCUUGGCAGUGUCAGUAGCAGCCAGGACUCCCUGCACAAAGCUCCCAAGAAGAAAGGAAUCAAGUCUUCAAUAGGACGUUUAUUUGGUAAAAAGGAGAAGGCUCGCCUUGGACAGCUCAGAGGUUACAUGGAAACAGAGGCAGCAGCUCAGGAAUCUCUGGGAUUAGGCAAACUUGGAACCCAAGCAGAAAAGGACCGAAGACUAAAGAAAAAACAUGAACUUCUGGAAGAAGCUCGGAGAAAGGGUUUGCCUUUUGCACAGUGGGAUGGGCCAACAGUGGUUGCCUGGCUGGAGCUCUGGCUGGGCAUGCCAGCCUGGUACGUCGCUGCCUGCCGUGCCAACGUGAAAAGUGGAGCUAUCAUGUCUGCCUUGUCCGAUACUGAGAUUCAAAGAGAAAUUGGAAUCAGCAAUCCUCUCCAUCGCCUAAAGCUGCGGUUAGCCAUCCAGGAGAUGGUGUCACUGACAAGUCCAUCGGCACCUCCAACAUCCAGAACACCCUCAGGCAAUGUCUGGGUGACCCAUGAAGAGAUGGAAAACCUUGCUGCUCCAGCUAAAACGAAAGAAUCUGAAGAAGGUAGCUGGGCUCAGGUCCCGCAGACCCUGGCUUAUGGCGAUAUGAACCACGAGUGGAUAGGUAACGAAUGGCUCCCCAGUUUGGGGUUACCUCAGUACCGAAGUUACUUCAUGGAAUGCCUGGUGGAUGCGAGGAUGUUGGAUCACCUGACAAAGAAAGAUCUCCGUGUGCACCUGAAGAUGGUGGAUAGCUUCCAUCGAACAAGCUUGCAAUAUGGAAUCAUGUGUUUAAAGAGGUUGAAUUAUGAUAGAAAAGAACUGGAAAAGCGAAGAGAAAUGAGUCAGCAUGAAAUAAAAGACGUGCUGGUGUGGAGCAAUGACCGAGUCAUACGCUGGAUACAAGCUAUUGGCCUCCGAGAAUACGCUAAUAAUAUCCUAGAAAGCGGUGUACAUGGUUCGCUUAUAGCGCUGGAUGAAAACUUUGACUACAGCAGUUUGGCUUUGCUGUUACAGAUCCCAACACAAAACACCCAGGCACGGCAGAUCCUUGAGAGAGAAUACAACAACCUUUUAGCACUAGGAACUGAGAGACGGCUUGAGGAAAGCGACGACAAGAACUUCAGACGUGGGCCCUCCUGGCGACGACAGUUUCCUCCACGUGAGGUUCACGGGAUCAGCAUGAUGCCAGGCUCGUCAGAAACGUUGCCAGCUGGGUUCAGGUUAACCACAACAUCAGGACAGUCACGGAAGAUGGCAACUGAUGUUGCUUCAUCACGACUGCAGAGGUUAGACAGCUCAACAGUUCGCACAUACUCAUGCUGA